UCACGUCUGCCUAAAUCGCUCGCUUAGACAAUUAUUGAUCGUCACAUCACUUACAGUUUGUAAGGGUUAGAAUUGUCAUUUUCAGAAGUUUCUGUUUCAGAGCUGAGAGCGAUGGAGACUACCGGAAGAGCGAGAAAAGGUGCCGGAGGAAGGAAGGGAGGCGGUCCGAAGAAGAAGCCGGUGUCCCGGUCCGUCAAGGCCGGUCUGCAGUUUCCGGUCGGUAGGAUUGGCCGGUAUUUGAAGAAGGGUCGCUACUCUCAACGUGUUGGAACUGGUGCUCCCGUUUACUUGGCUGCUGUGCUCGAAUACCUUGCUGCUGAAGUAUUGGAGUUGGCAGGAAAUGCUGCCCGUGACAACAAGAAGAACAGGAUCAUUCCAAGGCAUGUUCUAUUGGCGGUGAGGAAUGAUGAAGAGCUUGGGAAGUUGCUUGCUGGUGUGACCAUUGCACAUGGUGGAGUCCUGCCCAACAUCAACCCUGUUUUGUUGCCAAAGAAGACUAACCAGGCCACCAAGGAACCUAAAUCUCCAUCUAAGGCUACCAAGUCCCCGAAGAAGGCUGCUGCUUAGAUUUGUUCCUUUGUAUGUAAUUCUUGGUUUAGAACUUGUUUUGUUGAUGUUUAGGGAAAUUGAAAACGAAAACAUUGUAAUCGUUAGUUUGAUGUUAGGGCACUUCCUAUUUGAUCACUCAAUGAAACCACUUGUUUCUGUUUUCGUCUGGCUGCUUAUUAAUUUCAGUCCAUUCACAUAUCAUACUUUAAUUUGGAGGGUUCUGAAUUGUGAUUUGCUUUUGUUUGGCUGGGUAUUAAUUCCAGUUUUUUGCUUUGAACUUAUUGUAAUUUGGUGGAUUCUGAAUUGUGAUUU